GGGUGUGAAGUGUACCGUAAAUAAUCUUAUUGAUGCUCCCUCUCUCGUGAACGCCUCCUGCUCCCUGUACAACAGACGCCCAUAUAAAAGUUGCAUCAAACUGCUAGAAACAACGCAAAAGCGAUUAAAAUAAUUGAACUCAUACAGUUUCUUGCUUGAGAGACAAGGCUUUGUGCAUUGCUUGUACGUAGAUCAUUUGGUGGCCAACUACUGUCCGCUUUCUUACAUUUAAUUUUUUUCUAUUUAAUCAGACGAUGAUUUGGAAUUGUACCAAGGAAUAGUGCAGUUCAAUGCUGGAAUAGGAGGCACCGAUGAAUACACACAUAGAUGGUAUGUGUAUCGGAUGGACGCAGGACCCGAUGAUCAGGAAUUGACAGCCAAAAUAAGGGAAACGUGUUUAAAGAGAAAACAACCCUUUUUUAUUUUCACUUUAAAAUCUCGCACGUACGUGGUUUGUAUAAAAGGGCCAUUUAUCAAACUUAAGGGUCCAAACAGAGGAGAGGUAAUGGUUGAUUGCAACCAUACAUGGUUAAGUUUCUUGCUGGACAGACACCAUCGUCGACCAGUCCGAAGUAGAGUGAAGAACUUCAUUGAAUUUCUUGGACUGAGAGACCUCAAGGAAGACAUUGAUAUUCACGCGGAAGGAUAUUUGGUACAAACGACCAAUUCGAUGGGUGAAGCCGAGGAAAAGCGAUGGCCUUCAGGUGAUGAAUUGUUUAAUCAUGAAUGGAAAAUGGAGGAAUUCCUUCGCGGCACACUCUCAUGUAAAGAACAUUUUCAAACUGGUAUUUUAAAACUUUAG